CAACGUUACGGCAGCGCCCCCUGCCGCACGAGCUCACAGGCACAGGAAGCACUCUGACGUAACAAUAAUCUUCAAAGAUGGCGGCGUUGUUCGCGCCUCGCCUCGCCCUGUUUGGCUGCUUUUCAACAAGGCCCAUUUCAGUGUUUGCUGUCUCACAGAAGAGUCUGCACAGCAGUGCAAAAAGCGAGAAUGCCACCACGACUGUGGUUCCAGUCAGAGAGAAGAGCACGGCGGUGGCAGCAGCCAAACCAGCGGCUGUAGCCAGCAGCAAGGGGGAGUAUGUCAUCACUAAGCUGGACGACUUGGUCAACUGGGCGCGCAGGAGUUCUCUGUGGCCGAUGACCUUUGGCCUGGCGUGCUGCGCUGUGGAGAUGAUGCACAUGGCGGCGCCUCGUUACGACAUGGACCGCUUCGGAGUGGUGUUCAGAGCGAGUCCCCGACAGGCCGAUGUCAUGAUCGUGGCAGGAACGCUGACCAAUAAGAUGGCUCCGGCCCUGCGGAAGGUGUACGACCAGAUGCCUGAGCCCAGAUACGUCAUUUCCAUGGGAAGCUGUGCUAAUGGAGGAGGCUACUACCACUACUCCUAUGCUGUCGUCAGAGGUUGUGACCGAAUCGUACCAGUGGACAUUUACGUUCCAGGUUGUCCCCCCACUGCAGAGGCUCUCCUCUACGGGACUUUACAGCUGCAGAAGAAAAUCAAACGUGAGAAGAAGAUGAAGAUCUGGUAUCGGAAGUGAAUGUGUUAUAUGUGUGUAUCUGGUAUGUAAAUGUAUUUCUGGUUUCAUUUUGGAGCGCCGCUCCUCCUCCAUGUAGAGCUGCAGGAACUCAAUAAAAUCAUCGUAAUUUACACAUAGUGCACUGCUGCUUAUUUUAAACCGAACAGAGCAGCAGCCAGUUUUUCUGCUUCUGUAGUUCAGUAUUUAAAUAUGAAGACUGUUUCUGUAAUAUUACAAGUCUUCAUUAUAAAUAAAUAGCCAUAUGCAUCAUUUUUCUCAUUAACAAUAUCAAACUCUUAGUCGUGACCGUAAGAUAAGAGUGUCAUUCUACAUUAUCUUAAAUAUUAUUUUGAAUAAACUGAGUUCACAUGAAAAUACACAA